AUGAGCGCGACAUUGUUCGCCAACGAGCUUUCCAACCUAUCAUCCGAGGCGAAGCGUAAGAAUACCGACCUACGGACCGCAGCGGAUAAAGCAUUACAGGAGCUCAAAUCCCUUCCCUCGACCUCAGAAGCACAACUUGCUGCUGACCUUAGCCGACGACCAAACUUCAUUGAGCCAUUUCUGAUCGCCUGCAACACGAAGAAUGCCAAGUUCGCUGGCAGCGGCAUAGUAUGUCUGCAGCGACUCGUGAUCUCGAAGGGACUGCCGAAAGCACGACUCCAGGAAACUUUGGGAGCCUUCAAUGCGUGCACAGAUCUUGGUCUCGACAUUCAGCUCAAGAUAUUGCAAGCGUUGCCUUCGUUGCUACAGAACUAUGCUGCUGAGCUCGAAGGUGAUUUGUUAAGCAGUGCGCUGCAAGUAUGCUCGUCUUUGCAGACAGCAAAAGCUUCGACCGUCAGCGGUGUAGCUGCAGCUACACUGCAAUCACUCAUAACGAGCGUGUUCGAGAAGGUCGAAACAGAGGACUCCAACGCCGAGAACAUCGCCACAACAGCGGAGAUUCCUGGCGAUGAUGGCACGCUUCACCUUAGACCGGCCGCAUAUGAUGCGUAUCGGGUGCUACGAGACCUGGCACUGGCAGCGGACAGUCGAAGCACCAAGUUUGUGCAAUUCACCUCAUUCUCCGCGGACAAUGGUCUGGAGCUGAUCUGGUCGUGCAUCGACUCGAACCCGGAGCUGUUCGGUGCUCACGAAGAGCUGAUGUCAGUCGUACGUUCGAAUGUACUUCCGCUCGUAGUGAGAGCAUUGUCAGAAAGGUUGCCUUUCUCUACGACUGUGCGGAGCUUACGACUGCUCGGUAUGAUCCUGGAUCGAUACCUGUCAAGAUUUGGUGGAGACUGCGAAGUCGCCCUGAACUUAUGUACCCAACUACUGGAGCCGGAUGUCGCGCCACUGUGGAAGCGCUCACUGGUAAUGGAGCUACUACGGGACUUCUUCUCUGACAGCAACCAUGUCAUCGAAGCAUACUCGACCUUUGAUGGUCGGGAAGGUGGCAAGCCGAUCGUGCAGGACAUGAUGUCUGCGUUUGUAAGACUCUCCACGGAAAAGCCGAGUGCGAUUGGACUCGGGCAGCAGUCUACAGUACCUACUGGUCCCUCUGUGCAACGAGACACAAUCAACGAAGAAGUAGCCUUUGAUGCAGCCGGUAUGGCCGGUGUCAUCAGCUCUGCUCUCGGUGUUGCUGAAUCCAAUGUCGCUGGGAUCAGCAACCAAUGGAGCCUCCCCAAGGUUCCGUGUAUAGAACAGCUGGACAAAAGCGACUCUCCCGCGGUACCAGAGACGUAUCUUUACGCUCUGGUAUUGGAGUGUCUCAAUGGGCUGUCCGAUGCGCUUGCAAGAACUGUGCUACCAUUGACAGUGCAACUUGAACGAAGCAGAACCAAGUCUUCGAGUAGCGCUUCUGAGGCAAAUGGCGGAGCUAGAGGGCGGUCAACAUCGUUUCGAAGUCGGGCUGUGCCCAUGAAUCCGCUAGAUGCGAAAGACGCACCAUACGCAGGCAAAGUGCAAGCUGUGGCCGGCCUUGUCGACACCUGCUGGCCAGCAGUCUUGGCGACAGCAUCGACCUUCCUGAACGCAGCCCUCGAUGACCAGUACUUCAGAAACCUAAUAAAGGCAUACCAGCGGUUCGCACAAGUGGCAGGACUUCUCCGCCUCACGACUCCCAGAGACGCCCUCAUGACUACUUUAGCUAAAGCUGCAGUGCCGCCGCAUGUCUUGAGCGCUGCCACCUCCGAUACCAUGAAGUCGCCAGCAACAGAAAGUCCUCGGGUCUUCUCGAACCCAAGAGGCUUGCUUUCCGUCGACAGCUUCGUUUCGCAGGCGUCGUCUAUGUCAAUUGACAGUAGCCGCAGGCAGUCGAUAGACCAUGCACGGCCAAUCCUGACAGUCAGGAACUUGCUUUGUCUACGAGCACUGUUGAACCUUGCCAUCGCUCUUGGUCCAAUACUUGGUCGUGCGUUCUCUGUGAUCGUGACUGCGCUUAAGCAGGCAGACAUGGUAUUGAGCAGGACGACACCACAACAAAUGACUCGGCAAGCGUCUCAAGCAGGACAUCGGGCAUCCGACGAUCCAAGUGUCGUACAGGCGUUCAGCUCUGAAGUCGGUGCAGUUGAAGCUGCUGCUUCUAGACUACUGGAGAGCACUGCUGACUAUCCAGAUGAUGCGUUCCUCGUGGUGCUGCAGACUUUCUGCCAGCUGCUUCACGCACGACCAUCUCAAACAUCAUCUCCAUCUGCUUCACCACGACCAGACGCUACACCACCAGGAACACCACUUGCGGCGCGAAGAACCUUUUCUGGGCUUCCAGGCCUGUCUUCAUUCGUCGAGCUCCAGUCGCGAGACUAUCAUUUCGUGAUCCCCAAGCUUGGAACGUUGGCAGAGCUCAACAUCGCUCGGUUCGUCGCUUCAGAUGAUCCGGACUCAACAGGUUGGACUGUGCUGAUAGAGGAGCUCACCUCAACUGCAAAGUCAAACACCAGCCCGCGCGAUGCACGACGGAGCGCAGCCAACGUCAUGACCAAGCUGGCGGAGGCGACUAUUGCUGAGGUUGCGAAGGAAGAUCCCGACGACAGGGCUAUGGUGCAGCGUCGUGCCUCAGCAUCGCUGCUACAGCUUGUUGAUGAGAUCUACCUAGAGCAGAGUGAAAUGUCCAGUGUGGAUCUGGAAGUCCAGGGCCAGGUCAUGGAGUGUCUACGGUCGAUCCUCGAGCGUGGCGGAGAGACACUUGUUGCUGGCUGGAACCGCAUCGUGGCCAUUCUGAGUGCUGCAUUCGAACACUCCGGCAGCCCGAACCGCGGACUCGAAGACGAAGCUGCACAUAUAGACUGGCCACAGGUGACCUCAACCUUAGUAUCAGCACAGAUCGGGCGAGUGGCUUUUGCAGCCACGCAGCUCGUAUGCUCGGACUUCUUGAGUUCCGUCCCAAGCAGCGUGGUGCCUUCACUUGUAGAGCUGCUACACCGCUUCAUGUGUCAGAAGGACGACCUAAAUGCUGCUUUGACGACAGUGACCAUGGCCUGGAACGUUUCAGAUGCUGUCUUCAGUCAGUUCAACGAAAAAGAUCUCGACUCUCUAGUAGAUCAGAUUGAAGACGAAGACCUUGAAGACGCUCUUGCGAAACUACAGCAUCUGCCAUCAGCUCAGUGGCUGUUUGUGCUCACGCGACUACGUGACGCAGCUGGGAACACGUCGAAGGAAGUCAGGAAUGCGGCUUUCCAGACGCUCUGUAAUGUGUUCAAGAAUCAUGGCGAUGAGAUCCCUCCAGCGAGCUGGAAGAUGCUGCUACGGUCUACGGUGUUCCAGCUUUCGCGCGUAGAUUCGGCGUUGUAUCAUGACGACAACGACAGCGACCAAGCCAGCGAUGCAGAAAUGUCGAAGUCGAUUCUUGACGGAACAUCGGGAGUACUAGCUACGCACGUUCGAGUGAUUGAGCAGAUAUCGCAGCUUCCCAGCCUUUGGGAGUCGUUUCUGUCAAUGCUAGAGCGAUACCUGGAUCUCGACGUCCAUCUCCUGACAGCUGGCGCCUGGUCUGCCCUGUCGAGAGUGCUGGCUGUAGCUCAAGGGCCGAAGUGGAGAGAUCUCACCUACCGAACGCUUGCGUUAUGGACAAAGCGCGUUCCUGUAUCGACGUCGUCCGACGGUGCCACCGGCCAGAGCAACCAGGCUGCUUUUAUAGCUUACACUGAAGCAGGUCAAGAGAUCGCACGAUUGACUGGCGACAAGAUUAGCGAUGCUCAAAGCCGCAAUGUGCUUGAGAACCUCUUCGAGAUCGUGAAGCAAUCCGAUGGGCCAAGUUACGACAGGGAAUCUCUGUCGCCUUUGCAGACGAAAGCGCUUAGCCUACUUCGCAGCAUACCAGCAAGCCGCGAGGCGCAGAUAGUCGUCGCAUCACGGCUCUCUACGCUACACCAUGACUCUUUACCAUCAUCAGGUGUAGCGACUGGCCCAACUUUCGUAGCCAUCGCAAGCGACAGCGUCACAUGGCUCCACGACCUGGUGAAGCCCUCUGAGAACACACCCGACAGCCACGACGCACUUGUCGAAGCAGCACAGAGCCUCCGUCGCAUCAUCGAAGCGAAGUACGCCUUUCGUGCUGAGCGCAAAGGAGUACCUCUAUGGCAGACGGCCACAACCACAGCCGUUGCACUAGCACCAGCGCUUCUACAACACGGCGAAGCCUCUUCACCAGACCUCUGGUCCGAGUACGCCAAGAUCGCGAGCGGUAUAGUCAAAGGCAACGAUCUGCACCUCGUGGAAGAUCGCCUUAAGAUGCAGAACGAUAUGGACUUUGAUAUCGAGCAGUACAGGAUCUUACGAGAUGUGAUAACGCCAUACCUCGGGAGCGAUGAUUUACCCGUUCAGCUUCGAGCUGACUAUACGAGAGCUCUUUUCGAGGCAUCCAUCAUCCAUCCCACGGAGAGGAACGAGGUCCCCCCAAUUGGACACUCUCCACUAGAGAAGAUCGCCAAGAUCCGCCGCGGCCGCGUCAAGAAAGUACCCUACUCCUACCGCGAGGACAUGUCCUACAUCUGCCUCAAAGAACUCCUCGCCCUCUCCUCCCCAAACUCCACCUCCACCUCCACCUCCACCUCACACUCAAACCUAGCCCAAGCCGCAGCACCCCACCUCAUCCUCCGUCUCGCCAUCCCCCUCCGCGCAUACAUUGCCGACCAGCCGCUACGUGGCCUCAACCCACAGCCAUUAUCGGAGCUGGAGGAGCUGCUGUUCUGCUUUGAUAGCAUUAGAGACUUGAAACUGGCGCCUGAUGCGCUUGGUGCUGGCUCGGGUGAGAGGGCGCAUAUGAGGUAUUUGGCGCCGUUGUUGGUGAAGGCGGUGGCGACGGCGGGAGAUCCUUGGUCGGGUACGCAGGAGGUGUUGGGGCCGUUGCAGGGGGUGUUGGGGAUGUUGUCGCGGGGGGCGGUUGGGGGUGUGUAG